AUGUCGGAAUCCCGAAUCGGAAGAAAGAUGAGAACCGGGAGCGGAAUGUUAUACAAUCUCCGACAUCGAGGAUUGCUUCGAGCAAAGGGAAAAGAAGUAUUCCAAUUCUUGCAAGCCCUCAUCACAAAUGAUAUCAGGCGUUUAGCAGAUGGCCGUGCACAGUAUGCUUUGCUACUCAACAGCCGUGGCCGUAUUGUGGAAGAUUUGAUUUUGUAUCGACAAGCAGGUAUGGUUACUGGCUCAUUAGUUAACAGCGAAGGACGGCGUGCUGGAAAGGUGAUCGCGUGCACCGGGAAGAAAGGUCUGGCUUUGGUUCCUAUUUCACGGAAUACUUCACCAACGCAUUUUCAGUCGAUGAAUGAAGAUAUUGAAAUCUUCCUACCUCCUUGGUGGCCGGCUGACCCUUUCAGUGUUUCAUCCCGGUCAUUAUGAAAACCCGAAAAUAAUGUCCUGACCCCAAUUCGUCGAAUUUGUUACUUCGUGCAUAUAUUAUAGGUAUAGGAAUACUAAUAUCUCUUAGCUACAUAAUACCUCGUUCAAAUCCAGGUUUUUGUUGUCGUCAGAAAAAUGCAACGCCUAAAAUUUUUCUUUGGAAGAGUAUUUGUAUCUACUUUAAUGAGGGAUACUUGUAAAGAAAGCAUUUUUGCUAGUGUUUUCAAUAAUGUUUAUUAUAAAAAUUUUGCUUGCUUCUCAUUUUCCAUCUCCCGUUUAAUAAAAUGUCUCG